AGACACAAUGCGGGGACGUUGAGGCCCGUUAAUCGACUUGUACUCGCGCCUGGGUGCGUAUAUCAAGUCGGCUGCUACAUCCUUAGGUAUCUCUACAUUUCGCAAUAGGAUCUAGGUGUAUAGACCUGCCGUUGGCGCGUUGGCCCACGCCUCCCGCCAACACGCGCACUCCUUCCCUGGCGAGCUGUACCAUCACUCACUGGCGCACCUGAGCAGCUGGGAGCUGUGUGUCUGUUGGCUGGCACCCGAUGUCGAAACGACACGCGGACACCUCUUACGAGGCCUCAGCGAAGCGGCACCAGGCGGCUCGGGGGGAUGACUCGGGGGACGAUGACGAGGACUAUGAGCCGCGCGGGAGACACCGGGGAGCGGACCCCGACGACCAGGAGCAAAGCAGCUACGGUGGAGGGGACGAGGACGACGAGGACCGGCAAAGCUCGGAACAGCACACGGCCUCGCGCAGCGUAAAGCGGAAAGCAGGGCGAGCAGCGGGCUCUCCCGGCAGCCACACAGGAGGUUGCCGGUACGACAGCUCUUUGGGCAUGCUGACAAAGAAGUUCCUAAACCUAAUUAACACCGCACGUGACGGAAUCCUUGACCUCAACCAAGCCGCUGAAACGUUGAAGGUCCAAAAGCGGCGCAUCUACGACAUUACCAACGUAUUGGAAGGUGUGGGACUGAUCGAGAAGAAGUCCAAGAAUAACAUCCGCUGGAAGGGCGCGGGGGACGGCGGCCGCGGCGGGGAUGCCGACCCCGACCUGGACCGGUUGCGGUCCGACAUGAGCAAGCUGGACGAGCAGGAAAGGGAGCUAGAUGACAACAUUCGCUUCAUGACCUCGGCGAUACAGGCGUUGUCUGAGAACCCGCUGAACAAGCCGCGGCUGUACGUGACGGACGAGGACGUCAUGGGGCUGCCCUGCUUCGCCAACGACACCAUCUUCGCGGUCAAGGCGCCGCCCGGCACCACGCUGGAGGUGCCAGACCCGCGCGAGGCGGCGGACCCCCGGGACGGCCAGAUGCGGUACAGGAUCGUGCUGCGCAGCACCAAGGGCCCCAUCGACGUGUACCUGGUGCAGCACACCAACAACGUGGGCACCACCAGCCAGCAGGGCCAACAGGGUGGAGCCGGCGGCGGCCAGCAGCCCUCCGCGUCUGCCGAGCCCGCAGGCAGCACCGUGGGACCGGCGGGCGCCGCAGGCGGUGCCAUGAGCGGCGGGGCAAUGGGCGCACCUGCAGUGGCGCCUGCGGCUUCAGGGGCAGCAGCUGCGGCAGCGGUUGGCGGGGCACCGGCAGCUGCAGGGCCAGCGGGGGUUGCGCCAGCAGCAGCUGCUGCUGCGGCUGCGCCGGCAGCGGCGGCAGCGGCAGAGCCGGUGCCCUCAGCAGUAAAGCAGGAGCAGCAGCCGCCGGCAGUGCGGGCGCCCGUGCCAGGGCUUGCAGGCCAAGGCGUCAUCUCGCCCGCCGCCUUCCACUUCAUGCCGCAAAGCGGCACACCGCUUUCUGCCAUGGCCGGCGGCGCCAGCGGCCACAACUUUUUCGCGCCCAUGUCGCCGAACGCGGUCGACCUGGCGGCGCUAGCCGCCAGCUUUGGCGGGGCCGGGCCCGGCGGUGCGCUGGGCCGAGUCAGCGGCCUCAUCCCUGGCGGCGGCCCGGCGGGUCACGGGGGGUUGGGCGGGCACGGCGGCGUGGAGCUGGAUCCCGGCCAGUGGUUCGACGCGCCUGGCGACGGCGCGGGCGGCGGCGCGGCGGCGUACUUUGGCGCGGACGGCGACAACUUCUUUGCAGAGCUGUGAGCAGCAGAGCUGGGAUGGGGAGGGCAGCUGGGGGGAUUCAAGAAGAGAAGAAGAAGCGGCUGGGCGGCGACAUCCGGCGGGACCGGAGAAGGCGCACUAAGCCGGCAGAAACUGGCAGGAGCUGUCCGUUGCGGCGGUGCAGGGCGCGUCAGCCAGCGGCUUGGGGCGGCUGGGGUAGUCCCGGCAGCUGUGUGGGCGCACUCCGGCUGGGCCAGGUCCCGGGGCCAGAUGUUUGCCGUAAGCCGGCCCGGCAGGACCUCACCAAGGAGUGUUGCGAGCUGCGUUGUCAGCCUGUGGGGUGCUGUGAGUUGCUUGCAGUGCGUUCAUGCAGCGGAACCGCCAGGCGGGGGCUGCAGUGGUCGACAACAUAUCAAGGCCGGGUGUUUUCGGGGGUUGCGGCUCCCCUGCCGCACCAGCUGGCCUUGUUGGCGCCUUCGCAGCAGCAAUAGGAAUGCGGCAGGGUGUCUAGGGCACGGAGUCGUAGCGAGCGAUUGGUGGGGUACUCAAGGAGAGCCAUAGGCUACUGGCAAGUGGCAGGACCUGAGGACCAGGACUAGUGGGGGCGCAGCAGGCAGGAUGGCAAGGCAGCGCGUGUGCAGUCGCGAGCGCGCGAGGCCGUCUCAAUAAUGUGGCGGUGCAAAGGCGGCCAGUAAGGCAGGCGCGCGGUCCAGCCGCAGUCGUGUGGCGCCGGGUGGCAGGCGGCUUCGUUACCGGCGUGCUGGCAAGUAUACAUACGGUAUCCGUGUGCUGUCGAUGUGCUCUUCUGUCGCAGCAUGCAAGGCCCUAUUGCAUGGUCGUCACGCUAGGGUUGUGAAAGGUGUGCAGCACAGGUUUGGCAUGACGGUACCGGUCUAACGGGCAUGGUGGAUAGAUGACGGUGAAAGGUUGGUAAUACGCUGCACUGUGGAACUUGUGUUGUGCGACAUGGUUGUGUAAACCGCGUGAGUCGUUACACGGUGUUAGUGUGGUGGUAGGACCUUGCGAGAUGCAAGUCAUGGAGUGGGGAGAGGGCUGAUCAAACCAGGAUUUUAGUGGGUAGCAGUCGUAAAGUGAUGGAAUACUGUCAUUUCAAUAUUACACGGCAAAGUGUCUGGCAAGCCGCAGGUGUGCAUAUGCAGGCUUGCACCGGGCGUUCAGGCAGACGGGUGGGCGGGUCUGAAUUUUGAGGAUCUGCUCUUCACAAGCGUGUGCAUAUGCACCGCAUUCAAGGGAGGAUACGGGCACUGAGAGUGUGAAGUGGCGCGGCGUGUAGACGUAUGCUUCUGAUGCUUAGUGUCAUAGGAGUGCACGCGCAAGUCAGCUAAGCCGCAUGAACCGCCAGAGAGGCAGACUACACGCUUGGCCGCGGCGCAUAGCCCUUAAACGACGGUGUUACUGUAGUUUUGGAGUGUAAAUGCAUUCGGGUAGGACUUGGACAGACGGGCAACGCAUCUCCGAGGGUUGGGGUGCGCGCGUUGCAGACGCCUGGACGCAUUAGCUCAAGGUGACAGCUCGGGUUGGACGUAGGGUGCACCCAUGUUUGAGACUUAGGACGGGUCAAGCUGUGCCAAGUAGCUGGAACAGUGGCACACGUUUUUGGGCCCAUACCGCUUAGUAGGCGCCCGCGUCAAGGUGGCUGGGUUGAUAACGACCUUUUCCUGCCUCCCUAAGGCAGCCACCUCCUUGUUGGGCCCAUACCUGUAAGAACUGUUCGGC